AUGGGUGACAUGAGGCUGAGACCAUGGGAGGCGGAUGAGAGCUCGCGGUCGCGGGAUUCCAAAGCUCUGCGGCUGGACUUGUUGGCUACAACGGCAACGGUGUUGGGCUCUCGUCGGGAGGACUGCCCCGAGCUGACCGACAACCACCACGACGAUUGGUGUUGCGAUCAUGUCCCCACAGACAGCGCUCACAAGGAUAUUCUAAGCUUGUCCUUGCUAUCCGACGACGCGGGGAUAUGCAAGGAUUGCUCGCGCGAGGAGGGGGCCAGUGGCCAGCCCAAGUAUCACCGUAUCCUGGUGUGCCUAGAGUGCGGUCGGCAUUCCUGCGGGGAUUUGAGGAGCUACCUCCCAUACGGCCACGCUCGGGAUCACGCCAGGCAGGAGCAGCACUGGGUCGCCGCGCUCUUCGACGAUCCACAGACUGGAUUAUGCUUCAAGUGCGAGUGUGAAAGGCCUGUUUAUCCAGAGCCAGACGACGAGUUGGGGAUGAUCUUUAACGAAAUAAAGGCAGAUGGCAGUGGCCAUGCGUUUGGAUUCAACAUGCCAUGUGAUCUCGCCACUGAGUUGCUUAAUCUCAGAGACGCAUGGCAAUGGCAUGCGGCUGAGCUCAUAUCGGCGAAUGCGCAAGAGCAAGGCUAUGCUAUCAAAGGGAUGCCGAACUGUGGGAACACAUGCUACAUGAAUGCAAUGGUGCAGUGCCUCCUCGCGCUCGACAAGCUACGUGCAAGGAUGUUGGGACCGGAUCCUCCGCCGGGUGACAUUGGGAUGGCUCUGAGAGAGCUUUUUGUGGAGGUAAGCACUAUUGAUUCUGCAGGAGGCCUACUGAACCCAGAUAAGCUCUUGAGAAUUGUGCGCUUAUAUGCUAGCAAGUACGAAGGCUACAAGAUGCAUGAUAGCUACGAACUGCUUGAGUCCUUGCGCAAUGCCUUGCAGGACGAGGAAAAUGGAAUUGAGACUCCUUGCAGGGAAAGAGGAGGCGAUCCAACAGUUGUUGAUUCGAUUUUCAGGGGUGAACUGUUCGAGAGACGGUCGUGCUUAUAUUGUCAGUCUGCUUCAACUUUCCAUGGAUAUUUCUGGGAUCUCUCACUAUCGCUGCCAUCAAAGGAGAAUCUAAGCAAGAGUCUCAAGUCUCAACAAAAGAAGACUGCUACUGAAUUACUUUCAGUAAACAUGAGUAACUUGGGAAAGAUCAAUGCGAAAAGUGGUGAUUCCCAUCUUCUUGUUUCAGAAUUGAAUGAUUUGGUUGUGGACAAAACAUCAGACCAUAUGGAAGUUGGUGAGUUUCUUUGUACUCCUACACUUAUAAAAAAUUCCUAA